UUUGGGACUCCCCCUACGUCUGCUUUCUAACUUCUCUGUCCUCUCUUCUUCCAAGUGCAACUGGUCCCUUCACAUGACCCUUGCGCUUGUGAAUUCCAACAACCAUGGCCGAAUCUGAAGCAGACGGCCAGGGCGGCGCGGUCGAUCGCUGCGUUGAGUGCAAAUCAAAGUCGAAGAAACUUUCCGUAUGCACGGACUGUAGCAACAGUCUCUUCUGCGAUGAUUGUUGGGAUCAAUGGCGGCUUCAUGGCCCGAAGGCGCCUCCGAACGUUACCCGUCCCCAUGAGAAGUCCUUUCCACGUAUCAUCCAACGACUCCGCCAGAUUCUGAAGCCAGACAGAACCAACGAGACCUACGAACAAGAAUUGGAAGCUGACAACAACACAACAUGGUUCGGUGUGGGCCGUGACGAGUCAAAGCCGAACACUUUCCAGGACUAUGGUCGUUUUGCAGCCCUGCUCAGCCAAAGUCAAGCCUCCACGCAAGAGGAAUUCUACCCUCGACUCGUAGCCUUUAUCGGCCAGACAGGCGAAGGAAAGAGUACAUUGAUCAAGAUGUUGAUCAAUCGCAUUGAAACCAGGCAAAAGGGGAUCGAGCACGCCUCUCCAGUCACGGCUUGGUCCGAUAACUCAGCAACAACUGGCGACGUUCACCUCUACGCGGACCCAGAGUCAUUUCAUACCAGAGAACCAAUGCUUUAUGCCGACUGCGAGGGCAUAAACGGCGGUGAGCUUCCUCCACGAGCGUUACGACAAACACUCGGGCAAGACGGGUCCACAAACGCUGCCAGUGGGAAUCGGACACGUGGAUCAUCAAUUUCGCAUUGUGUGAGAGUGUUGAAAAGGUCUGUUCAUGGAUCUCAGCGAGAUAUCACUUGGGCAAAAGGCUCCGCAAUGAACGUGCGAGUACAUGCCGUAACAAGACUCUAUCCACGGCUUCUCUACACAUUCUCCGACGUGGUGGUUUUCGUUUCACAAAGUCCAGGUACAUUCGAGGCUACUAUUGUCACAAGCUUAUUGUCAUGGGGCAAGUCAUCAAUCGACAAGUCUUUGAAUCAACCGACACUUCCACACGCCGUCGUCGUGCUCAACGCAACCGAACCGGCUUCCGAUGACGAGUGGGAUGUUGACACAGCUACUUCAUGCCUCAUGGAGACUGUUCGUCAGGCCGUUUUCCGAAACGCUGACUUCAGAAAACACGCCGAAGCAAUGCGAAGCACCGGCAAGAAAAUUGAGACGACCCAAGACCUGCUGGAAUGUUAUUACGCGUCCAUUUCUGUUAUUCGAAUCCCCAAUGGACGCCAACCCAGACUUUUGCUCAAGCAAGUUCAGAGUUUACACGAUCUAUUGGGACUGAAAUGUGGAGAGUCGUUUAUGUCGAAAGAUCGAGUACGCAUGCUUGCCACUGCCGAUCAACUACAGACUUAUCUCCAUUCUGCGUUUGAUCACUUCUCUCAGAAUCGUGACCAGCCUUUCAACUUUCUUAAGGAUGCUUUGAAACAAAGACCCGUUCCCCGAGACUUUGAUGGCUAUGUAGUUGAUUUGGCCGCUUCAAUCAGCCGUAACUCAACCACCAAUUUCUCCUCUGAGAGAUUCAAUACAGCUCGAAUUUUGGGGACCAUGGUACCAAUGAUCGCUUCCUGCGUCAUGCUUGAUACGGCGAGACAAAGGCGUCCGGGUUUGGCUUCGAGGCUUCUAGACGAUGUAUACGUCAAGUUCUUCCGGACUGCACUCGACACGUUCGUUGAACGCUACGUUCAAUGCAGCUACUCCGAAACUCAGCAUGGUGAAUGUUGCAAUUUGAGAUCGGGUCACAACCUCAAAGGUCACCAGAACUCGGCAGGCAAGAUGUUCCGGUCAGGCGAUUACGUGGCUGAAGAGGGCAUCACUCAGUUCGAAACAGAAUGGAUCGAACAAAUACGUGAUAAGCUCACGGAAUUAGAGAACGCCUUGAUGAGAAGUGUUGUCGACGCCGACAACGGUCUGGGAGAACAACAGACCGAAGACUGUGUCGCAGCUACAAUCCAUCAAGAACAAGUGGCAUCAUUCUUUUCGACCCUGGGAAAUGUCCAAAGCUUCGUCAGUCACUCAACCUGUUUCUGUUGCCUACGGGAGAUUCCUGAACACGCUUUGCCCUGCGGUCAUGUUCUGUGCGCCCCGUGCGUCAAGGCCUACGCAGCUCCCGAAUCAGAAUCAUACAUGAGAAUGACCACUUGCCCUUUCCAUCCUAAGGAUUCCUUCAAGUUCCAAGGGGCUGGAUGGACUGUUGCGAUUAAACCUCCUUUCGCCGGGGCUCGCGUCCUCAGCCUGGACGGCGGCGGAGUGCGUGGUAUUGUAGAGCUGCAAGUCCUCAAAGCAAUCCAAAGCAAGCUGGGGUCUGGGCUUCCGAUUCGUCUUUUUUUUGACCUCAUCGUUGGUACCAGUACCGGCGGCAUCAUUGCCCUUGGUUUGGGAGUCAACAACUGGUCUGUGGACGAAUGUAUCAGAGUCUUCAAGACGCUCUGCGAGAAAGCAUUCGUUCGCCGAGAGCUCGUUGGGGUCCCUAUUCUGGGACAACUCAGUGUCGCGAACCACGGGAGCAAGUACAAGACUAAACCUUUUGAAGCAUUGCUUCAAGAUCAAUUUCAGAAGGACAGGCUAUUGUUUGGAGGGAACGUUUGCUGUGAUUCGAUGGACACCAAAGUCGCUAUCACAUCAACGGCAACGUUGGUCCGUCAACAGGCUGUUGUUCUUGCAAACUACAGAAGGCUAGGGCCUGAGGGACAUGACUACCGACUUGUUAGAGCAAACAGACCGGAGCAAGAAUUCAAGGUCUGGGAAGCAGCUCGAGCAACUUCCGCUGCACCUCCCUACUUCGAGACAUUUCCACGCCCCGAAACCAAGGAUACCUACGUCGAUGGGGCCUUAUAUCAUAACUGUCCGGUUUUUGUCGCACACCAUGAGAGACGGAUGAUCUGGCCCGACAUUGCGGACUCUGUACCGGAUAUACUACUAUCUAUCGGAACAGGAUUAAAGCAGCCCACCGAUGUUGACGCCGGUGACUUGAUUCUGCGCAAUUCAGCCAGGAGGCGCUCGCCCAAUUGGAUAUCCAGGAUCAUGGAGUUUGGGACAAUACUCUUUGAUCGAGUCGAUCGAAUAUUAGAUGGCGAGGUUACGUGGAACGAGUUUGUAGCGGAGGUGGUGGAAUCCCGCUACCCUUCGAGUCGAAACCGACACAUCCGGAUCAAUCCUAACCUCGGUUGUGCGAUCCCCCCUCUCGAUGCAGUAAAAGACGUCGAAAUACUGGAGCAGGACGCAGAGAGAUACAUGAAGGAGAUCGAUCCCAAGAUCUACGAGGUUGCUCACAGGCUUAUCGCGAGCUCCUUUUACUUCGUCAUGGAGCCUAACUCGGUGAAGCUUACUGCAGAGGGGUCUCAGUGCGAAGGUUUCAUUCGAUGCAGAAUACCUAACGCACAUGACUACAUGAAGUCUCUCGGUAGACUGAUAGCUAACUGCUUGGUACAUGAUUUUGAACCUCACUUCUCUAUUGUUGAAGUCGGAGACAACUCAUCAGGCGCUCAGGUUGUGAACUUCAGCAGACAAAUCGAAGACAUGCAGAGGCUGAAUCAUUUCGAUGAAAUCCCCAUCCGAGUUGUAUCUACGAGGGAGUCGUCGGCCACUAUGAUCAACCUUCAUCUGCAGUCCACUCCGUAUCCAGCAUCCGCUUCUGGGCUGCCAAUCAGCGGGUUUCCAAGGGAGUUGAUGCAUGCGAAAAGGCCCUUCCAAUUCAGAUCGGAACGCCCAUCGUCUUACUCCCAGCCGUCGAGGUCUGGCCCUUCAACCCCCUCAUGCCAAUCGUAAACAGCCACGAGACCCCGAAGCAUGGAAUUCAGGACAAGGAGAUCAAAAUCAUUCGUUUACAGAAAGGGUUCCUAGCCCAGUUACUGUCGUUAUCAGCGGUUGCGUGGCGCCUACACAAAAAAUGAGCGGUAGGCCCGAAAGCUUCUACAGCAAUUCUAUUUAGCAAUACAAUUCGGUUGAACUAAAUUGCCUUAAUACAAGGACAUUGACUCAGCUGUUGGCAGACUUGGAUGUAAAUAAGCCUGCAAAAAGACCUCUGCUCCGUUUCUUCAUUCAAAUGGUAUGCGUUGACGAAUGCGGCUGAGAGCAUGCCAAAGUCGCUGCACAGCUGCUCUCAUAUUCUUAGCUUUUAUGGAGAUCUCUUCUGUGUACCUCGUGAUUCUCUUCAUGUACCAGUUGCACGGACCGGUGGGCGAGUCUGAGAUUUGCCUUGUCUUCUGUGGGCAGUACACACUGCUCAUUUGGACAAACAAGGCAAGCAAU